AACUACCGGGCGGCAGCAGAAGCACAGCAGCAGAGGCAGCAAGUCGAGCGACCGUGAAGUUAAAAAAAAAACACCCCGUGAAGAAGGUGCCAGAAGGUGAAGAACCUCCUCCUCCGCCGCCGCCGUGAGAACCACAACCGGACGAUGCGAACAGACGAGCAUUAACGCAGCCACAGUGUGAGGAGAAGCAGCCGUUAGUGACGGAGAAGACACGGGACAAACGGACCUCACGCGACGUUUGAGAACCGAACUUGGGGGUUAUUUUUUCCGCGGAGACCUCACCGUGUCUGUGUCAUUUUCUUCUGUUCAAACCCAGUGGAUCAUUUUGAUUUUUUUUUUUUUGGUUUUUUUUUGUGUGUGUAUGUAAAUGCAGUAACGUUGUCGUGUUCCGGGCGUGAGCGACUGAGACAGAGGGAGCUGCCCAGAGAGACUGAGGGAUAUCACCGACAGGGAGGGAAACAAAACACCUACGUUCACGUUUAAAUACAGGAUUCGAAGCCUUCUUCUCCCCCUCCCCUCUUCCUUCUCAUUAACGAUCCCGUUCGUGUUUUUUUUUCGUGGAUUCCGGUACCGGUAAAGGCUAUCAAGCUGUGUUCUCUAACCAUGGGAUGUACUCUUAGCGCAGAGGAGAGGGCGGCUCUGGACCGGAGCAAAGCCAUCGAGAAGAACCUGAAGGAGGAUGGACUGACCGCGGCCAAAGACGUGAAGCUGCUGCUGUGUGGGGCCGGAGAGUCAGGGAAGAGCACCAUCGUCAAACAGAUGAAAAUCAUCCACGAGGACGGAUUCUCUGGCGAUGACGUAAAGCAGUACAAGCCCGUUGUGUACAGCAACACCAUCCAAUCACUGGCUGCCAUUGUCCGUGCCAUGGACACACUGGGCCUGGAGUACGGGGACAAAGAACGCAAGGCGGACGCCAAGAUGGUGUGCGACGUGGUCAGCCGCAUGGAAGACACAGAGCCUUACUCCGCUGAGCUGCUGUCCGCCAUGAUGCACCUCUGGGCCGACUCCGGGAUCCAGGAGUGUUUCAGCCGCGCCCGGGAGUACCAGCUCAACGACUCGGCGCAGUACUACCUGGACAGUCUAGAUCGGAUCGGUGCAACAGACUACCAGCCAACAGAGCAGGACAUCCUGAGGACCAGAGUCAAGACCACGGGCAUCGUGGAGACACACUUCACCUUCAAAAACCUCCACUUCAGGCUGUUUGACGUGGGGGGUCAGAGGUCAGAGAGGAAGAAGUGGAUCCACUGUUUCGAGGACGUCACAGCCAUCAUUUUCUGCGUGGCGCUCAGUGGAUACGACCAGGUGCUGCAUGAGGACGAGACCACGAACCGCAUGCAGGAGUCGCUGAAACUGUUCGAGUCCAUCUGCAACAACGUGUGGUUCAAAGACACCGCCAUCGUCCUGUUCCUGAACAAGAAUGACCUGUUUGAAAAGAAGAUCAGCAGAACGCCGCUGUCCACCUGCUUCCCAGAAUACAACGGUCCAAACACCUACGCAGACGCCAUCGCCUACAUCAGGACCGUGUACGAGAGCAAGGACAGGACGCCCGGCAAAUACGUCUACUCCCACGUCACCUGCGCCACAGACACCAAGAACAUCAACAUCGUUUUCGCCGCCGUCACUGACGUCAUCAUAUCUUCAAAUCUGGUCACCUGCGGCCUCUCCUGAUGAUGAUGUCACGUGUCGUCACGUGUCGUCAGAUAGAAAACACGUCUGACCUGUAUUUAGGAGCAGCAGCCUGUCACAGUAAUGAUUUCAAAACUGUACGAAUACGUAAACGUCAACGCCUGAUGUUUCAGGUGGAGUCCAGUUAUUAGGCGUAACUAAAGACGAUGAUGAUGAUGAUGAUGACAUCACAGGAAGCUGGUUCUGCA